CUUAAAUAACCUCCUGAUCUAUAGGUACCUACCUACCUCUAUAGCAAGCAUAUCUCAGAGGUACCUGGAUGUAUCUGCCUAAGAGGUACAGGUAGGCGCCAGGUCUGCCGCUACGGGGAAAUUCUCCUGCCGAAGAGAAUUCUAACCGAACUGCCGGUUCCCUCCGCCUGCCGAGUUGCGGGCGAUGGCGCUUUCAUGGUGCCACCCCCUGCUGGCCUCAGCGCAAAGCGGAUUGAGAACAACAUAAUGGAAACUUGUCCUCCCCGUCCCGCCGCGGUAUUUGAAGCUGUCAGCCUACCAGAUUUUCGCUUUCCCUCCCCCUCCCCCUCUCCUAGCAUGCCAUCGCCCAGCCGCAGCAACUUAGGUGUCACCUAUAUUUCCAGCCGAUAGCGCAGCGCAGUAGGGACGGGAAGGCCACGUUGAAAGUCACCACCCUCACCCCCGCCGCCUAUGUCGUCGCGACGAUAUUUUGACGGGAUCUAUAUCCCGGCCGGUCUGCUCCUGCUCGGAACCUUCAUUGUAAAGAAGGAAUGGACGCCCGCUGCUGCGCUUAUUGCGAUCGUAUUGGGAGCCCUCAAGUACUUCCGCUGGCUGCCGAAGAAGGUCCUGAAGCCCGAUGCCUUCCAAGAAUUUGAGCUCAAGGAGAAGACGAUCAUUUCUCAUAAUGUAGCCAUUUACCGAUUCUCCCUGCCCACCCCUACGUCUAUUCUCGGGUUGCCUAUCGGCCAGCACAUCUCGAUCGGCGCUACGCUUCCGCAGCCCGACGGCUCUAGCAAGGAGAUCGUGCGAUCCUAUACGCCUAUCUCCGGCGACCACCAACCCGGCUACUUCGAUCUUCUCAUCAAGUCCUACCCGACCGGAAACAUCUCUAAGCACAUGGCAUCCCUCUCCGUCGGCCAGACGAUCCGGGUCCGGGGACCGAAGGGCGCUUUCGUCUAUACCCCGAAUAUGGUCCGCCAUUUCGGAAUGAUUGCUGGUGGUACCGGUAUCACCCCCAUGCUUCAGGUUGUCAGAGCCAUCAUCCGAGGACGAGCUGCUGGCGACAAAACCGAGGUCGACUUAAUCUUCGCCAAUGUCACGUCGCAAGACAUUCUUCUUAAAGAAGAUCUCGAUGCAUUGGCCCUGCAAGACGCCGGCUUCAGAGUCCAUUACGUUCUCGACAAGCCUCCGGAGGGAUGGACUGGCGGUGUCGGAUACGUCACACCGGACAUGAUCACUAAAUGGCUACCCAAGCCCGCCGACGACGUCAAGAUACUGCUUUGCGGCCCGCCACCGAUGAUCAGUGGGCUCAAGAAGUCGACAGAGGCCCUUGGCUUUAAGAAGGCGAAGCCUGUGAGCAAGCUCGAGGAUCAAGUGUUUGCAUUCUGAAAUGCCCGCCGAGGUGGGAUUUAUCUACGAAUGGCGGGAGCUUUCCAACAAACUCCACGGCCAGAAUCUAUCCGGCAUCUACAGACAGCGGGGGCUGAAGAGUUUCCCGUCCGGAGCUUGAAAUUCGCGGCUGCCUUUCUACGUAACUAGAGUUGUGAAAUGCUCGCGCCUAGGAUCAAUGGCGGCUCAACGAUGGAAACUAGCAUGAUGUAAACCCAACAUCUCGCCCACGGUUCGCGGCCCUAGGCCCACCCGAUAUAGGCUUGAAAUAAAGACAACCUUACUCACCCCUAAAUUCACAAGCGCCUUAGGGCUGAACUUAUAGUAUGCCACCAUCAUGAAUGGUAACUACGCAACCUCCGGGAACUACUUUGCGCCGGUCCUCAAUUGCUUAGAGCAACAGAUCCAACCACAGUCUAGUCGCGGGUCGCACUUGGGAUCUUCUGAGAAACAAGCUGAUUGACGCAUCCACCACACGGUCAUACCAAAAAGCACGGUGCAACAUUCCACGUGUAAAACUAUAUUUAUAGCAUUACCUGAAGUGUAAGGCUUCGCAGAAUUGAUCGACGAAACGCCUUAA